AAUUCUUAUUUAUUUAACUAAUAUGAAUUUAACUCCAGGUCAGAACUAACUAAAAAUUUUUGUUAACCGAUGACUUUUCUUCAAUCUCCUUUCAAAUAAUUAUGCCUCCAUGUAAAAUAGUAAACAGAUCUCAGUGCACAGAAACCAUCACCACAUUUUAAAUUAACUAGCCUCUUCCAGAGAAAUUCCAGAAGGCUAUGGAAUAUUCUUCUGAAAUGUUGUGCACAGGCAGAGGGAUACAGAAAAGUUGGUAUUGGUGCCACUACCUGUGUGACAACUUUUUGUUGCUAUGUAAAAGGACUUCAGCAUUAGGGCUGUUGGCUUACUGUCUUUUGUAAAUACUAGAUUCACAGAAUUUAAAAGGAAAUAAAGUUACAAGUUACUUGCCUGAAGCUUAUUUAUCUAGGUGUGAAAGUGAGGUGCCGGAAAAAAACCCACUGGCACAGUAAAAAUGGUAUUGAACUUGGAGCUAGGGGUAUGACUGCCAUAUUUGUUAAUGCACUUAGUCUUUUGUUAAUGCACUUAGUCUUUCAGCAGGUAUCUUCAGCAAAAUGGUGUACAGCUACAGCCUGUACAUGAUUUUAUUUCAUUAGUAAACAGUACAUGAGCAGGCUAGUCUGUUUUAAUUAUGGUAAGAACAGCAUAUUAAUCAUGUGUGGACCUAUACACUGAAAAUGUCUGGUUUACAUACAUUCAUGGUAUUUAUUUACUUGCAGGGAACACCUGGAAUGCUAGUCCCAUUAAAAACAAACAAAAGAAACUCCACAACCUCCCACCUCUGAUAAUGAAAGUUGAAGAAAACAAAUGUUCUGAUCACCUGAUCAGGCAGCUUCCAGCUGGAUUAUUGGGGUACAGUAUGAAUAUGCACUAUAUGCCCAGCUCUGAUUCUUUUGAAAGAGAGGAGUUGCAUCAGGAGGUGCAUUUGGAUAUCUCCAAGCCCGUGCAAGCAGAUAACAAGCAAAACGAGACCAUGAGGAUCAAAAGCUUUGGACUUCUCUGUAUGUUGAUUCUGGUCUCCCAGUUUCUACUAGCCAACUGUGAAAGACCAAAGGAAAGAAAAAAGGGAAGACAAGGUAUAGAAAACAGUGGAAAAAAAACGGAAUCUAAUCAAGAAAAUGGAAAAGGGCUGAAGUCAAAAGGAGGAAAAGCAUCUCCAAAAGGCAAGUUUAAAACCAAAGAAAAUGCUGAGUGUACCUGGGCAGUGACUGCAAUGAAUGCUGCUACAAUGCACGUAGAGUGCAAGCAUGGUGACAGAGAGUUCUGGUGCGAAUUCUCUGGAGACCCUUCCACCUGUCCACAGUAUGCAGCAAACCAGAAAUCCUACUGGAAGCAAGUUUCCCGAUCCCUAAAGAAGCAGAAGCAGAUCUGUCAAGACCCCAAAAGUGUCCUAAAAUCUAAAGUAUGUAGGAAAGGCCCACGAAGUGCUCAUCUCAAGUUGACUGUCUCAAGCCUACUAACAUCAGUGGGUCCUGCAAAAGGUAACACAACUCAUCAUGCAAAAGAAGUUGUUCAGACUCCAGCAGCUGCCUCUGUGACCAAAAAAAAGCUUGAACACAGUCCUCAAGACUGUGUUGAAGACAUAGAUUAUAUUGAUCAGAAAAAGGUGGCUGAGGAAUACUGUCCAGAAAGCUUGCUUUCUUUCUGCAACUUCUUUAUCACAAUGGUGCAAGACAAAAAAUGCUGAGCAAGUGAUUCUAAAGCUCUGUAUCAUGAAAGUUCAGUCUCAUCUAAGUUACUGCAAACUAUUUCAGGUUUUAUUCUCAUGUUUUAUAGUGUAUAUAAGAAAAAAAAGGCAUUUAUUUUUCUGAUCUUGUAUAUACACACAGAGUACACUUGACAUAGCUGAGGAUGAUACAGAUUUUAUUUACACUUAGAUUGCUACACAGGUGUUACCAAUGGACGUUAUAUACUCUACACAGAAGUAUGUAGGUAGUCUCCUUGUCCCUCUUUGAGCUGUGCUAGCCAAAGUGAUAAAUUCAGUGCUGUGCACUUCUUGGUUAUGUACAACACUUUUGACCUAAAAAUUAUUGAGAAAAAUAAACU